AUGGGAAAUAUAUGCAGAAAGGAUCCUCUGCUUCUUACCGAACCUAAUGAAAAUCGCUUAAAAAUAACUCAAACAUACUGCAUUAGCGUUCAGCCUAAUUUAGUAAAGCCUCAAAAAAAUUCUCGGCUUGGUGUUAGAAAUAUAUCUAGCAUUGAGUGUCGAUCAAUUUAUCGAGAUUUGAAGUUUGAGUGCGGUCUGAUGAAACACAAAAUUAAUGAUUUAAUUGGGCAGUCAAAAAUACUGCAAGCAAGCUUAGGUGAGAUUUGUGUAUUUGCUCAUAUAGGCAAAAAUAAUGAAUUCUGAAUUGGAAGUUAAAGUCCUCAAGGAAAUGACGCAAAAUCUUACUAAACCUGCACUUUAUAUUGAAUAAAAUAUCGGUGAUGAAAAAUUUAUAUGUAGCAAAAACUAAUUUUUAUAUAAAUAAUUUUGCCCUAGUUUAUAGCGUCUGCACCGCUAUAGCGUGACUUGACUCAUACUAUCCACAGCAGCUUCGAUUUCUGAUGAGUUAAAAAAAGAUGACAGUUCAGCUUCAUGCUUGACAAAAGGGCAUCCCUUUGUAAGGAUUUGCCAACUUGGAGUUGACUUUUCGCCCUUUGUCGCUUGCUAGAGCUCCAAGUUGCUGUCAAGAAGUAUGCGUCAAUGCACGCUAUCGCGGUGCAGACGAUAUAAUAGAUUAUUGUAAGUAUAAUGAUAUUUAAACCAUUUAAAUGUAUAAUGAUUAAUAUUUUAAAUCAAUUUAUUUUUUUUAUUUUGAAAAAUUGCUUUCAAAACUAAAAUAAUCCCUAUAAAUUGGGGACAUGUAGUUUUUUUCCUAGUUUAAAGGUGGUAAAGAAAAUAUUGAGAUGAAUAAACGAUUAAAAUCUAAAGAAUUGCCCAUCAAUGAAGAAAAUCUAGAAGUUUUACAGCAAAAAGCUGAAAAAUCUCAAUAUGAAGUAAAGAUUUUGAAGUGUGAAAUUGAAAAAUACAAGGAAAGCGCUAAACAUACAGAAAUAAAACUAAAAGAAUUAAAGGAUUCAGCUGAUAGCAGCAUUAUUCAGACUUUCCAGGAUCUUAAAAGUGAAAUAGAUUUUUAUGAAUCAAAAAUUAGCGAAACUGAGCUAGAAAAUUUAGAGCUGGAAAAAAAAAUUGAUCUUUGGAACUACGAAAUCAAUUGUAUUGGAAUAUAA